CCUUAUCCUCUGAAAAUGUAUACCUGCACCAAGUUUGUCUCCACCUUCUCCUUGGUCAGGAGCGCCUCUCAGCUGAGCCGGUCAAUGUCUGCAGUGGUGCUGAAACGACCUGAGGCACUGACAGAUGAGAGCCUCAGCAGCUUGGCAGGCCCACGUUCCCUGACCUCACUUAUUUCUAGCCACAGCUUCCAAACCAGUGCCAUUUCAAGGGACAUCGACACAGCAGCCAAGUUCAUUGGGGUUGGGGCUGCCACAGUAGGGGUGGCAGGCUCUGGGGCUGGAAUUGGGACUGUGUUUGGGAGCCUCAUCAUUGGUUAUGCCAGGAACCCUUCUCUGAAGCAACAGCUCUUCUCCUACGCCAUUCUGGGCUUUGCCCUCUCAGAGGCCAUGGGGCUCUUUUGCCUGAUGGUGGCCUUUCUCAUCCUCUUCGCCAUGUGAAGGAGCUGUCUCCACCUCCCAUAGUUCUUUUUCCCGUGUGUUGUCUGCCCUGUAUGUUCCUUUUCCUAUACCUCCCUAGGCAGCCUGGGGAAAGUGGU